AUGGGAUUUGGAAUAGUUUCUUCAUCAUCGGACAGUGAUAUAGAAAAUGAGUCUACAGGAGAAGAUAGGUUAGGUAACUGUGAAGUAUGUGGAGCAAAUAAAGCUAAAUAUACAUGUCCAAGAUGUGAAGUGAAAACCUGUUGCUUGGACUGUGUAAGAAUACACAAAGCGGAACUGGAAUGCAAUGGCAUUCGGGAUCGGACUAAAUUUGUCAGAGUUAAAGACUUUACAAACACUGAUUUGUUAAGUGACUACAGAUUGUUAGAGGAAUGUGCUCGAUUUGUCUAUUCUGUAAAAAAGGAUGAGAAGAAGAAGUUCACUAGGAUUGAUAAAGACUUACCAAUACAUCUUUAUAAACUAAAAUUAGCAGCAAGAAAAAGAGGCACAGUUUUACAGUUUUUGGCAAGAAACUUUACGAGAAACGCAGUAAAUACAACUAAAUUAGAUUUUAAGAAAAAUUUAAUAUAUUGGAGAGUGGAAUGGAUUUUUCCCAAUAUAGAGGGGAAUCCCCUAAAGUUCAUAGAUGAGAAGUGUGCAGAAAAUAAAAAAAUAUCAGAUUUGUUGGAUAAAUAUUUGAACCCCGAUGUGUUAGCAUUUGAAGGCUCUAAAUCAUUGGGCUUUUAUAGGUCUGCUGGACCAAGUGGUGUAAAGGUUUUAUUGAAAGCUGAGAAAGUGAAGGGUUCACAUAGAAAAUUCUUUGAACUUGACCCGUCAGAAUCCUUGUGUGAGAAUUUGUCAGGAAAGUGCAUAAUUGAAUUUCCAAUUGUUUUUGUGGUACUCAAAGACCAUGCUUACAAUUUUGACAUUAUUACACCAGAAGAUGAAUUUGACUAUGAUAAUAAAAUUGAAGAUAAUCCAGCUGUUAGGGAAAACAGCUCUGUUUCUUCUGAGCCUCAAAGUAAGAGAAAAAGAGUAUUGCUGACUGAAAAAAUAGCUCAGGAAAAGAAAAAAGAAAUUGAGAAGGAAGUUAAGGAACAUAGAAAGAAACAACCUAAGAAUUUAUUAUUUACAACUGGUUACUCAUCAGAGGAAAGCAUUCAUACUGACAGUGAAGAUGAAGUCAUAAAAUAA